AUAAGAUUACUAUACUGUUUAGAAACUUAGAUUUUAUUUUUUUUUCUAGUGAAGAAGGAGCAUAUUUGCUUUUGUGCUGUGUGGGAAUAUUAAAACUUUAUUUUUCUUCCAAAUUUAACACCACUCCGUGUUGUUUAUAUCUUGCUCUCCCCAGUUCCAGAUUCCAACACUCAAACCUCAUCUGGUUUGUAUUGGAAUUGAAGAGGAAACUUUGAGUCUUUUUGUUGUGGUUGUAAUGGGGAAGGGUUCAAAGAUGAAUUGCAAGUCAGCAUCUCAUAAGCUAUUUAAAGACAAGGCAAAGAACCGUGUAGAUGAUCUGCAAGGGAUGUUCUUGGAUCUGCAGUUUGCUCGGAAAGAAAGCCGAAAUGUCGACGUGGCUGUUCUCGAAGAGCAAGUUCAUCAGAUGCUUAAAGAGUGGAAAUCUGAGCUCAAUGAGCCCUCUCCAGCUUCUUCUUUGCAGCAAGGUGCGAGUCUUGGAUCGUUCUCGUCGGAUAUAUGUAGGUUGCUGCAACUUUGUGAGGAGGAAGAUGAUGCCACUAGUGUGUUAGCUGCACCUAAGCCCGAGCCUAAUGAUCAAAGUUUGCAAGCUGGGAAUAACGUGGUCUUUCAGGAGGGAUAUGGCGUGAAUCCUGGACAACAAAAUCACAGCUUCCCGUUUGUUGAUCAAUGCAAAGAGUCUCCUUCUGGGGUUCAUGGCAUGGUAGUCAACAACUUAGAAGGAUCUUUACACUCGGAACUCCAUCAUUUUGAUUCUCAAAACUAUGAAUCAAACUUCUAUGCUGGAUUUAACAGCGCGGAUCUUUGUACCGAGGAUGGUCUACCUCAUGUUUCAAGCUAUUUGCCAAGCAUUUGUCCUCCACCUUCUGCUUUCUUAGGCCCAAAAUGUGCACUUUGGGACUGUCCGAGGCCAGGUCAGGGAGGGGUAGACUGGUGUCAAGACUAUUGCAGUAGUUUUCACCAUGCUUUGGCAUUAAAUGAAGGGCCACCUGGAAUGAAUCCUGUUUUAAGACCUGGGGGCAUUGGCUUGAAAGAUGGUCUGCUCUUUGCUGCUCUAAGCGCCAAGGCACAAGGGAAAGAUGUUGGUAUCCCCGAAUGCGAGGGAGCUGCGACUGCAAAGUCUCCAUGGAAUGCACCAGAGCUCUUUGAUCUUUCGGUUCUUGAGGGUGAGAUUAUCAGGGAAUGGCUAUUUUUUGAUAAGCCGCGUAGAGCAUUUGAGAGUGGAAAUAGAAAGCAAAGGUCAUUGCCUGAUUAUAGCGGACGUGGUUGGCACGAGUCAAGGAAGCAAGUGAUGAACGAAUUUGGAGGGCUUAAGAGAUCGUAUUAUAUGGAUCCACAGCCACUAAACACUUUCGAGUGGCAUCUUUACGAAUACGAGAUAAAUAAAUGUGACGCUUGUGCUUUGUAUAGAUUGGAAUUGAAAGCUGUCGAUGGAAAAAAGGGGGCCAAGGGUAAAUUAUCGAACGAGUCAGUUGCUGACCUGCAGAAGCAAAUGGGAAGACUCACCGCCGAGUUUCCCUCUGAUAACAAGCGAUCAAUUAAAGGAAGAACAAAGAUGAGUACUAAGAUGGGCGUAGAAAAUGUGUAUUCAGCUCCAAAUCUAGUGACCCCAACAAAUGAAACGUACGAGUACGAGCUAGGGCCGCCAUACAACUAUCUUGUGGAGAAUCUAGGCGACUAUUACGUAAACUAACGGAAGGAUAUAUAGGUAAACAAGCACAAGCAUUCUAUCUUACUAUUGAUGGUUGCUUUAGUAGUAGUAUUGAUGCUGGAGCAUAUUCUAACCCAAAAAUGAACAAAAAUGGUUGUUUUUCAUCAACCAUUUUGUUGACUGGUAUGGUAUUAAACAUUAGAAAUCAAUUAAAGUCACCACAAUAGAAAGUGGUGGCUGCAAAAUAAUUUACUGACAUAUUUUUGGGGUUCUAAGACAUUAUACUAAUUAUGUCUCCAAUAUGUUGCAAAUGGGAGAUAUGAUCUUCCUUAGGUACAAUUUCAUUUCUUUAGACGAUCCUCUGAGUCAGCUCGCUCAGUAAUCUGUAAAUACUUAUUAUAUCAAAUUUAGCACAUCUUGUUUGCA